AUGGAGUCAAUUGGGACCAUUUGGACUUACAUGCCCAACCCUCGGGUCAUGAAGAUUCAAGCUGCCGCUGCUCUAAAUGAAAGGACCGUCGAAAUUUCUCCCGAUUUUGUGAUGGGUGAGACCAACAAGUCACCAGAAUUCCUGAACUAUUUUCCUCUAGGCCAAGUGCCAGCAUUCAAGAGCAAAAGCGGACUCACUCUGUUCGAAUCGGACGCAAUUGCCCAGUAUAUCGCGCUGAGUGGCCCGGCAAGCAAACAGUUGCUCGGAGUAGACGCAGAGGAGAGCGCAAUUAUCCGCCAGUGGAUUGGAUUUGCGGACCAUAGCAUUUUUGCUCCUCUCCAGAAUAUGAUUCUUUGGCGCUAUGGAAUGACGGCCUACGACGAAAAGCUCGAGGCUGCUUCUCUUGCUACUUUGACGACUUCUCUUCUGGUCUUGGAGAAGCGUCUUAAAGGUCGUCAGUAUUUGGCUACGGAUAUUUUGGACUUGGCCGACCUCUCUGUUGCCGCAGCUCUGUACUGGGGGUUUAGUCAGGUUAUUGACAAGAAGAUGAGAGAAAGAUACCCCUUGACCGUUGGAUGGUACCUGAGGGUGAUCGAGCAGGAGAAAGUGAAAGCUGCAUUUGGCGAAACAGUUUUCAUUGAAGUUAGAAAAACUGGCUCGCCGUAG